UUUUGCUUCUAGGUAUAAUAAUGAUGGUGUAAUUGAACUACUGACUGAUUAUCUGAAAACAAAAUGUUCAGUUUUAUUUUGACGUUUAAUUUUGACAUGUUAUGAGGUGUUCAAUAAAAACACACCAGUGAUUAAUUCUUUAGAUUUAGAUUUUAAGCCUGUAAUUUAAUUUUAUGAUCAUAAAAUGGAUAUCGACGAAGAUCUCAUUGACGAUGAUAGUCAAGAAUUAUUUAUUAGUUUUCCGCCGCUAGUCCAAAAAGCUAUUGAAGAGGUUUUACCAAGUAAAGACCCUCUAGACGAGCCAGAUUUUAACAGCAUAGACUACAUAAAUUCUUUGUUUCCAACCGAACAGUCAUUAUCGAAUAUAGACGAGGUAGUUUUGAAGAUGGAAAAUAAAAUAAAUUCAAUUGAUAACGAAAUAAGUACGGUUGUUCGUGGACAGAUUACUGCCAGUAAGGAUGGUAGACAAGCUUUAGAAGAGGCUCAGAAGGUAAUCAAACAACUAUUCACCCAUGUAACUGAUAUCAAAGAGCAAGCUGAAAGAUCUGAAGAAAUGGUUCGUGAGAUAACGAGAGAUAUUAAGCAGUUAGACUGUGCCAAGAGAAAUUUAACUCUAGCAAUUACGACACUAAACCAUUUGCAUAUGUUAGUAGGAGGUGUAGAUACAUUGAAGUCACUGACUCAGAGAAGAUUGUAUGGAGAGAUAGUUUUACCAUUACAAGCUAUUAGUGAGGUUAUGACACAUUUUGAAAAUUAUUCAGACAUUCCACAAGUAAAGAGCCUGAGUGAUCAGGUGAAAUCCAUUCAUCUUGAGCUUGCUGAACAAAUUACACAUGAUUUUAAGGAGGCAUUUUCAGGUACAAAUACAAAAACUGUUAUUCCAAAUAAACAGCUGGCCCAAGCUUGUUUAGUUCUAUCAAUUUUGGAUCCAAGAGUCAAGCGGGAUCUGUUGAAAUGGUUUGUGAAUUUACAGUUGCAAGAAUAUAAUCAUUUAUUUGAAGAAACAGAAGAUACAGCUUGGUUAGAUAAAAUAGAUAAAAGAUAUGCUUGGAUUAAAAAGCAUUUACUUGAAUUUGAGGACCGUUUAGGUAACAUGUUUCCCCAAAACUGGGAAGUGUCUGAAAGAAUAGCUGUUCAAUUUUGCCACAACACCAAAGAAGAACUGGCCAAAAUCAUGGCUAAAAGGAAAAAUGAAAUAGAUGUAAAAUUAUUGCUUUAUGCUAUACAGAAAACUACUGGCUUUGAAAAUUUGUUAGCCAGAAGAUUUACUGGAGUAACUUUAGUAGAAUUGAAUGAAAAUGUUAAAGAAAAUUCAGAAAUUAGCAAAACCAAAGAGAUAAAUGAGGUUAAAUCUGAAGAGAAAGAUGGUGAUGUUAACUCUUCACCAUUUCAUGGGCUGAUAGGUAAUUGUUUCAUUGCUCAUUUGGAAAUAUACGUAGAAAGUGUAGACAGAAAUCUCUCUGACCUAAUCGAACGCUUCGUUUUGGACCAAAAGCAAAGCAAACCAACAGAAGCAACCGAAACUCAAGCUUCCAUCCUACCCAGUUGCCCCGACUUAUUCGUCUUUUACAAAAAGAGCAUGAUUCAGUGCAACCAGUUGGACAGAGGUCAAACCAUGUUGAAUUUAACAAAGACAUUCCAGAAAUAUCUGCAUGAAUAUGCUGAAAAAUUGUUGCAGAGCAACCUUCCGAAGAUAGAGCCCCAAACGUUGGGCACUUCUGUUCAAAAUUUCACCAAAGAUUUGCAGAAAAUUUCGACCUCCGGUUUGAUACAGAAUUUUUCGUCUUUGCUCAAGGAAGGUGAACUUACAAGGUUUACUAAGGAAGAGCAGACUAAAAUAUGUUGUAUAUUAACUACUGCCGAAUAUUGUCUAGAAACAACACAGCAACUUGGUGAUAAGUUAAAAGAAAAAAUAGAAUCAUCACUGGCAGAUCAAAUAGAUUUGUCCAAGGAGCAAGACAACUUCCAUAAGGUUAUUUCAAAUUGUAUUCAGAUAUUGGUGCAAGAUUUGGAGAAUGCCUGCGAACCUGCACUGACGGCAAUGAGCAAGGUUCAGUGGCAAAACGUCGACACCGUAGGCGACCAAAGCUCCUACAUCACUGCAAUAACCACCCACCUAAAAACUAACGUUCCCAUCAUCCGCGACAACUUAUCACAAUCCAGGAAAUACUUUACUCAAUUCUGCAUCAAAUUCGCCAACAGUUUCAUACCGAAAUUUAUCCAAAGCAUCUACAAGUGCAAACCCAUCAAUACCGAAGGUGCCGAACAACUUCUCUUAGACACGCACAUGUUAAAAACGGUUUUGCUGAAUUUGCCCUCGAUCGCGUCUCAGAUUAACCGCCAAGCGCCCGCUGCGUACUCCAAAGUUGUUACGAAGGGCAUGACGAGGGCAGAGAUGAUCAUUAAAGUCGUAAUGACACCCAUUGAGCCGGCUAAGAAUUUCGUGGAGCAGUAUAAGAAAUUGUUGCCCGACAGCCAGUUGGCGGAGUUCCAUAAGGUGUUGGAUAUGAAGAGCGUGAAGCGACAAGACCAAACGAUGCUGUCGGAUAUAUUCAAAAGUUACAAAUAAUAGUAAAUGCAGCAAAUUUGUUUUCGAAUUUAAUUUAUUUAUCAUACUUAAAACGUUUUACAAUUUAAAAAAUGCUUAUUGUUUUAAGUUUACAUUGAAUUUUAUUUGUUAAUUAUUGAUCUAAAUAAAGUUUUUUUUAUCUA